UUUUGGGAUCUCGACGAUGGACGAGGAGCUGCUCAUGGGCUACGGCCAUGGACCAGAGCCACUCGUAGGAGCCGACGGCGACGCGGAAGGGAGCCUACUCGCCUUCUACCGCUCGCGCUGCGACGCCUUCCAGGCUGAGCGCAAGGAGAUGAUGGAUCGCUUCCGAGAUCUCGAAACGUCCCGCGAAGCUCGGCAUGCGGUGGAUUGGCAAAACAAGAUGCACAAGCAAGAGAUAUCGGAGCUCAAGGGGGAGCUCACGCGCGUACGAGACGAGGUUCAAGGCGCGCGGGAGGUAAUUGCGACGCUCGAGAGCGACAAAGCAGCGCUCAAGAUUCAAGAAGCCGAAGACCGGAAGCGCAUUCAGCAUCUACUUAGCCUUACGCAACCCAUCGCUGAAGAAGUGACCUUUUAUAAAGACUGCCGCCCGGGCCAUGCGACGCGGUACCCUGUGCUGGACGAGCUCCCAGUGGACGCCUUCUCGCCCCUCUCGAUGCGGUCCAACGUCAGCCUCGCCGCAGAAGCUGCGGGGUAUCGCGGAACCCGAAGUAUGUCCACCAAGUGCUAUCAACUCACGCAUCGCACCAAGCAAACGCACGCGCCCUCAACCCAACCCAAGAGUCGCGUGAUCCGAACCGUCUAUUUGCCAAGCGAACAAGCAGAUACACUUUUGCAGCGCGUGCAGCUCCUGACAAAGGAGCUAGAUGACCACAAGGCGCUAUCGAGCCAGCGCAUACAGGCUCUGCUCAACGACCUUGCGCUCGUCAACGCAGAGCUAAAAAAAGAGCGCGACGAGCACACCAAACAGCUCGAGUCAAAUGGUGCCGAGCUCGAAAAGACGAAGAGGCUUUUGACCAAGGCAACCAAAGACUACUUGGUUGCUCGACAUAAUGCUCAAGACGCCGCGCGUCAAGCACAAGAAGAAAUUGUGCAUCUGUACCAAGUGCAGACGCGCAUCGAGAAGGAAAAGGAUCUCGUACGCACGCAAGCCCAGCAAGAGACUCAGGCCAUUCGCAUGUCCGUGCGGGAAGAAGGCAACCAAAAUGCCGAGGAGUUCCGGAAACAAGCCAUGGCCCGCGAGCGUGACAUCCAUAUCCUCAAAGAGCAAUACGCAGCCGUUCAAGAGACGUAUGGCGCGCGGAUCCAUAGCCUUCAAUCGCGAUUAACGACGCUUCGGGGCCGCUACAAGGGGCUCGAGAACAGGCGCAAUAUGGAGAUGGAAGGCUUCUCCCGCGAUGUCGCGACGCUCAAACGACACAUUGUGAAACUCGAAAGUCUUUGCUUUGGGGCCAAGCUCACGCAAGACGAGUUGCGUGGACUACGCGUUGUAGAUGAGAGCAACGUUUUUUCGUCCAACCAACUCAACUCGGAGCUUGCACACCUUCAGAAACGCUACGCCGACUUGGCAACCGAGCUGUCCCAUCACUACAACCGUUGAGUGCGUCCAAAACCAAAGGCUCGUGUGCUCGUGUGAGUGCAUGAUGUUGGUCAUUGGUGUUGGCGACAUAAAAUCAGGCAGCCAAUACUACUAUACAACAUGCCACUCUGUAAUUCGCAUGCACAGUCCGACGAACGAG